AUGUCCCCUAACCUGGUACCUGUCGUCAACGCUCGCUCGGCCGUCUUUCGUCGUGUCAAGCGCGCCGAGAACCACACAGAUGCCCCAGUCGUCGUGCUGGCAGUCAUAUCCGUCGUUAUUCUCACCGUGACUCUUCUUUCCAUCGCACGUUACUUCUGUCGGGAAAGCCGCCGGAACUCGUCAUCCUCCACCGAUCCCAGUGGUCGAUCCCCGUCUCACUGGUACUCUCCUCGAUGUCUUGGGUCACUCCGGACUGGCCGUACCGCGACUUCCAGCCACCAAGACCCUCUGCCCGCGCUCCCGCCCAGAGAUCCAGUUCGUCCUUGGCCUGCGACGUACCGCCCAAGGUAUCCCCGUGUGCACUUCGCAGAUCGUCCAUAUUCGCAUCGAUCACAUCGUUUUGGCGAGUAUCGUCCGGGUGGUCUCGCUGUAUAUCGACUCAGCGGCCUCAAUGCAUACCAUCCGGGCGAUCAUCCUCCACGCCGACCGAGUGGCUUCAAUGCAUACACCUCUGGCGGUCUUCCUUUGCACCGCAGGCCUCGUCCAUACAACAUGAAGCGCUCGCGCCUCCGGAGAUUUGUCUCGCUAGUACGGUCCAACGACGAGUGGAAGAAGAAUGCGAAGGAUCGAAUCGGCCCGAUGUCACCGCGGUCCAGCAUCACAUACCUGAUCACGCAAGCCUGA